GAGGGACUGAACACUGAGACUGCUGCUUACUGCACAGCAGCUGAGUCGUGAGGGAUUGAGCUCUGCUCCCCUCACUCCAAAUUCUGAAUUAUUCAGACACCAGAUCCUCAACCAAGCUUUCUCUAUCAUGCACUGUCACAUGCAGGAGUCGAUGGAUCAUUAAUCACCAUGAAAAACACUUUCGCACAGGCACCGAAUAGGCCCUUGGCAGUUUAUGAUGUGACGGUGUGGGUGUAAAGUGGCACAAUGGCUGCAAUGAUACCACCGGUGAAGUUAAAAUGGCUGGAGCACCUCAACAGCUCCUGGAUUGCUGAGGACAGCGAGUCCAUCUCCACCCGUGAAGGGGUUGCUCUGCUGUACAGCAAGCUUCUGGCUAAUAAGGAGGUGGUUCUUCUUCCUCAGCAGGUGCUGUGUCUUAAAGGCCCCCAGCUGCCGGAUUUUGAGCGGGAGUGUUUGUCCAGUGACGAACAAGAGCAUUAUUUGGAUGCGCUGCUGGCCAGUCAGCUGGCCCUGGCCAAGACAGUCUGCUCGGAUUCGCCUUUCGCCACUGCCCUACGCAAACGCCUACUGGUCUUACAGCGAGUGUUUUACGCAAUUUCUAAUAAAUACCAUGACAAAGGCAAAGUCAAGCAGCAGCAGCACUCAACUGAGAACACUCUGGGUUCUGCAGACUUACAAGCUGUUAGUGAGCGACCCCGCUCUAGUACGGAUGCCCUUAUUGAGAUGGGCGUGCGGACAGGUCUCAGCUUGCUUUUCGCUUUGCUCAGACAGAGCUGGACGCUUCCACCGGCAGGUCCAGGAAUCAACCUCUGCAACGAUGUCAUCACUACAGCCAUCGAAGUGGUGGGUUCCCUUCCACCGCUCUCAUUAGCCAACGAGAGCAAGAUUCCACCUAUGGGCCUGGACUGCUUGGCACAGGUGACCAUGUUUCUGAAGGGAGUCACUAUGCGGAACUCGGGGGCAGAUGUGGUGGGGAGGAGGCUUGCGUGUGAGUUACUCCUUGGGUUGGCGGCGCAAAGAGGAUCGCUGCGCUACCUGCUGGAGUGGGUUGAGAUGGCUCUAUCAGCAUCAGCCAGCGUCAACAGCCUUGAGCCCAGCCAGGCUACACAAAGCCAGGAGGGACUAAUGGGAUACGACUGCUUCAUGAACAUUCUAAUGCAGAUGAGACGUUCACUGGGUUCAUCUGCUGAUCGCAGCCAGUGGAGAGAGCCGACUCGCACACCCGAUGGCCUCUGUUCCCUAUAUGAGGCCGCACUUUGUCUGUUUGAGGAGGUGUGCCGUAUGGCUUCAGACUACUCUAGAACAUGUGCGAGUCCAGAAAGCAUCCAGGCGGGUGAGGCGACUAUGGUUUCUGAAACCUGUGAGGUGUACGUAUGGGGCAGCAACAGCAGCCACCAGCUUGUCGAGGGCACACAAGAGAAAAUCCUGCAGCCUAAACUAGCUCCCAGCUUUAGCGAUGCACAAACGAUUGAAGCUGGCCAGUACUGCACUUUUGUCAUUUCCUCUGACGGUUCAGUCCGAGCGUGUGGCAAGGGUAGCUAUGGCCGCCUAGGACUGGGUGACUCAAAUAACCAGUCCACUCUUAAGAAGCUGACUUUCGAACCUCACCGUGCCAUUAAGAAAGUGUCAUCGUCCAAAGGCUCGGACGGCCACACGUUGGCAUUCACCAGUGAAGGUGGGGAGGUGUUCAGCUGGGGUGAUGGAGACUAUGGCAAACUAGGUCAUGGGAACAGCUCAACCCAGAAAUACCCUAAACUAAUACAGGGCCCUCUACAAGGAAAGGUGGUGGUUUGUGUGUCAGCAGGUUAUAGACAUAGCGCUGCAGUCAGUGAGGAUGGAGAACUCUACACAUGGGGAGAGGGGGACUUUGGUAGAUUAGGUCAUGGUGAUAGUAACAGUAGGAACAUUCCCACACUAGUUAAGGACAUCAGUAACGUGGGUGAGGUUUCCUGUGGAAGCUCCCACACCAUUGCUCUGUCUAAAGAUGGACGUACCGUCUGGUCCUUUGGAGGUGGAGACAAUGGUAAACUGGGUCACGGAGACACCAAUCGAGUGUAUAAACCUAAGGUGGUAGAGGCGCUCCAGGGAAUGUUCAUACGCAAAGUCUGUGCUGGCAGCCAAUCCUCUCUGGCCCUGACCUCCACUGGACAAGUGUAUGCUUGGGGAUGUGGUGCAUGUCUUGGCUGUGGUUCGUCUGAGGCUACAGCUCUGAGGCCAAAACUGACCGAGGAACUUGCCACAACCAGAGUAGUAGACAUCUCAAUAGGAGACAGCCACUGCCUUGCUUUAUCGCAUGACAAUGAAGUGUACGCCUGGGGGAAUAACUCCAUGGGUCAGUGCGGUCAGGGGAACUCCACUGGCCCCAUCACCAAGCCCAAGAAGGUGAUUGGAUUAGAUGGAGUUGCCAUUCAGCAGAUCUCUGCUGGCACCUCCCACAGCCUGGCAUGGACUGCUUUGCCUAGAGACAGACAGGUGGUGGCCUGGCACAGGCCGUAUUGUGUGGACCUGGAAGAAAGCACUUUCUCUCACCUCCGUUCGUUUCUGGAGCGAUAUUGUGACGGCAUCAAUAAAGAGAUCCCACCACUGCCUUUUCCAUCCUCCAAGGAACAUCAUAACUUCUUGAAGCUGUGUCUGCGACUCUUGUCCAAUCACCUGGCUCUAGCAAUGGCAGGGGGUGUGGCCACCAGUAUUUUGGGGCGGCAAGCACGGCCACUCCGUAAUCUGCUCUUCAGACUGAUGGACGCAUCAGUGCCAGAUGAAAUUCAAGAGGCUGUCAUUGAGACUCUGUCAGUGGGAGCAACAAUGCUGUUGCCUCCUUUAAGGGAGCGAAUGGAGCUGCUCCACUCGCUCCUUCCUCAAGGACCAGACCGCUGGGAGAGCCUCUCCAAAGGACAGAGGAUGCAGUUAGACAUCAUUCUCACUAGUCUGCAGGAUCACACUCACGUGGCGUCUCUGCUGGGCUACAGCACUCCACCAGAUGCCUCUGAGCCUCCUGCUCAACCCUCCGACUCUACUCACGUGCCUGGCACACACGCCGAUACACAUCCUGACACACACUUGGCAGAGAUCCUUAUGAAAACUCUGCUCAGGAACCUCGGCUUUUACACGGACCAGGCUUUUGGAGAGCUGGAGAAGAACAGCGAUAAGAUCUUGCAGGGAACGUCAUCAUCUGAUAGCAGUCAGCCCGCUCACCUGCAUGAGCUGCUCUGUUCCUUACAGAAGCAACUACUGGCCUACUGCCAUAUCAACUGUGUUACAGAGGGUUCCAGCAGUGUUGCACUCCUCCAUAAACACCUGCAGUUACUGCUGCCUCACGCAACUGAUAUCUACAACCGAUCCACAACUCUUUUGAGGGAAAGUUCUGGAAACGGCAGCGUGCGUGAAAAGCUACGAGAUGUGAUCUACAUGUCUGCUGCGGGCAGUAUGCUCUGUCAGAUUGUGACGUCCUUGCUGUUGUUGCCUGUAUGGGUGGCACGGCCGCUGCUCGGCUUCCUCUUAGACCUGCUUCUCCCUCUCGACCGUCUCAACAGACUUCUGCCUGCCGCUGCUCCUCUGGAGGAGCAGGAGCUUCAGUGGCCUCUACAUGGAACCCCAGAUCUGGGUGAUCCGGUGUGUGUGCCAGGGCCGGCGCAGUGCUGGGUGUGGCUGGUGGAUCUAGAGCGUACUGUCGCCCUGUUGGUGGGACGCUGUCUUGGGGGAAUGCUGCAGGGAGCUCCGCCCUCACCAGAAGAGCAGCACACUGCCCAUUGGCUCAAAACACCGCUCUUCAGUAACGGCUUAGAGACUGACAUACCCCAGCUUGAUGCUUGUAUCAGCUCUUUGCUGGAAGUGGCUCUUUGUGGGAAUGAAGAGCAAAGACCAUUUGACUGUCAGUUAUGUGCAGAUGUGACUGUGAUGGUGGAUUUGGCUCUUGGAUCGACUAAAGAACCCACAAACAGCCUGUGGACAAACAUGCAGGACUAUGCCAUCAGCAAGGAUUGGGAUAGUGCAUCACUGCCCAAUGAAGCUCUGCUAGAUAUGGUGUCUCGCUUUGUUCUGGCUGUACUGCUGAAACACACAGGGCUGCUGGGGCAGGCUUGUGGAGAGGGGAGGUAUCAGCCAUGUAAGCUGUUGGCAGAGGUCUAUCGCAGUGUUUAUAAAGUGAGGAAUCGCCUGUUGGCUUGCAAGAACAUGGAGCUCAUCCAGACCCGGUCUUUAUCCAGAGAGCGCAGAAUCUCUGAUAAUGUGGACUCGCUAGAGAUGGACCCUAAGGAGCACUCGUUCACCCGUACCAUAGACGAAGAGGCUGAACUGGAGGAGAGAGAUCGAGAGAGAGACAGAGAGGAGGGACACCAUGAACAGGAAGAUGAUGAGGAGGAGAGAGAGCAUGAGGUCAUGACUGCAGGAAAAAUCUUUCAAUGUUUUCUGUCAGCACGGGAAGCAGCACGAGGAAGAGACCAGGAUCGACCCAGCAGCAUGAGUGUACAGGAAGAGCAGGCUCAGCCAGGUCCGGAAUGCAGGAACAGCACUGCUCCUCAGGAAGGACAGGAUCUUUACACCACCGCGUGCAAUGCCGUCAUCCACCGCUGCGCCAUGCUCCUGCUGGCCGUCAGCAAACCGCUUGCUCACACCAGUCAGCAACCCCUGGUGGGCGGGGCAAACCAGGAUGGAGGCGUGUUUAUAACGAGGAGUGAGAGCUUGUCGGCUGAAAGUCGGUCCAUUCAGAACAGUCCCAGUUACAGACUCACAAAAUCCAGGAGUGAGUCUGAUCUCUCUCAACCAGAGUCUGAUGAAGAAGGAAACUCACUGAAUACGAGGAGGAAUGUGGAUCUGGAUUUAGCUUUCGCUCCUAAAAAAAGAGGCUUUCUCUACAGUUCUCCAGAUUCCUCUGCUGACUGGUUUGGAAGACACUCGGCCCGUGAGUGUUUUUACAGCUCUUCACAGUCCUACGAGGAGUCAGACCUCGAUCUGAGCCACUCGCUCAGGCUUCAUGCGCUCAUCGAGAACAUCGUGAACUUCAUCAGUGGAGAUGUUGUAAAUCCUCCUGUGUUCAAAGAACCAGAAGAGAGCGUGUCCACCAACCCGCAAGCCAUUAUAACAGCCAUGGGGCAGCAGCAGAGACGAGCAGAGUUGCGUCUGGAGGCCCUGCAUCAGAUUGUGGUGUUGAUUUCUGGGAUGGAGGAGAAGUGCAGCCAGGCGGCUUCUGGAGGUGGAGCUGAACGUACAGACCUCAGUUUUCACUCUGCCUCUCUGCUCACGUCUGUCAGACUGCAGUUUCUCUCUGGAUGUUUUAGCCUGGGUGCCGUCAGCAGUGGAGGACUGAAGGGAGAGAGUGUCCAACUGCACCACUACCAGGAUGAAAUCCGAGCAGCCAAGAAGAGUUUACAGAUGGACAUUCAGACAGCUGUGCAUAAGAUAUACCAGCAGCUGUCAGUCACAUUAGAGAGAGCCCUGCAGGCUAACAAACACCACAUAGAGGCCCAGCAGAGGCUGCUUUUGGUGACGGUCUUUGCUCUAAGUGUGCGAUACCAGCCUGUAGAUGUGUCCCUGGCCAUCUCCAGCGGCCUCUUGGAUGUCCUUUCACAGCUGUGUGGUACAGAAACUCUUCUUGGACAGACUCUGCAGCUCCUGCACAAACCUGCGGGCUCUCAGCUCAGCACUGCUCUCAAAGUGGCCAGCACAAGACUGCUGCAGAUACUGGCCAUCAGCACAGGGACAUAUGCAGAUAGGUUGAGUCCUAAGGUGGUCCAGGCGCUCUUGGAUCUUCUUUGUAGUCAGCUGAAGACACUGCUGUGUCAAGCUGCUGGAAGCACACUCAACGAAAGUCCAGAACUCCAGGAGAAAGUGGACGACUGCGCGGAUGCUCAGAAAAAGGAUUUCCGAGCAUUGUUACGCAAGAGACACACUGCAGAGCUGCACCUCGGAGACUUCCUGGUGUUUCUGCGUCGAGUUGUCUCCUCCAAAGCGAUCCAGUCUAAGAUGGCCUCUUCCAAAUGGACCGAAGUACUUCUCAACAUUGCAGCUCAGAAAUGCUGCUCAGGUGUUCCGUUGGUUGGUAAUUUGAGGACGCGGUUGUUAGCCCUGCAUGUACUGGAAGCUGUACUUCCUGCCUGUGAGAGCAGUGUGGAGGACCAUCAGAUGACCCAGGUGGUGGAGAGAUUGUUCUCGCUGCUCUCCGACUGUAUGUGGGAAGCACCUAUUGCUCAAGCUAAACACACCAUUCAGCUGAAAGAGAGAGAGCAGGAACUCAAACUACAGGGUGAGACAGAGGAAGAGGAGGAAAAUUUGCCUAUUCAGGAAGUGACCUUUGACCCAGAGAAGGCACAGUGCUGUGUGGUGGAAAGUGGACAGGGGUUGACUCAUGGCAGUGGGGGCAAAGGUUAUGGUCUGGCAUCCACUGGCAUUUCCUCUGGCUGCUACCAAUGGAAGUUCUACAUCGUGAAGGAGAAUCGUGGAAAUGAGGGCACGUGCGUGGGUGUGUCCCGCUGGCCCGUGCACGACUUUAACCACCGCACAACGGCAGACAUGUGGUUGUACCGUGCGUACAGUGGCAACCUCUACCACAAUGGAGAGCAGACCCUCACUCUGUCCAGCUACACGCAGGGAGACUACAUCACCUGUGUGCUGGACAUGGAAGCUAGGACGGUGUCCUUUGGCAAGAAUGGAGAGGAACCCAAACUGGCUUUUGAGGAUGUAGAUGCCACAGAACUAUACCCUUGUGUGAUGUUCUACAGCAGAAACCCAGGAGAGAAGGUAAAAAUCUGUGACAUGCAGAUGAGGGGCACACCCCGUGACCUGUUAACCGGCGAUCCCAUCUGCAGCCCCGUUGCCACAGUCCUCGCAGAAGCCACCACCCAGCUGGUUCGCAUCUUACACCGCUCUGAGCGCUGGACCCAAACCAUCAACCGCAGCAUCCUCCAGCGCCUCCAGCAGAUCCGUGGCUGUCUCCGAGAUGGAGCUCCUCCGGCAGGGGCCACCAGACUGCGCAAGAGCCGCUCGGCACAGAGCCGUGAAGAGCAGGAUGAGAAAGAAGAAGAGCGAGAGGAGGAGAGAGGAAGAAGCGGACGCCACUCCACGGCGGAGCUAUCUGAGACACACCUGCGGACACUUUGCCACCAGGUGUGGCCAGUGUUAGCUGUGAUCGGGGGAGUAGAUGGUGGGUUGAGGAUGGGGGGACGGUGUGUGCACAAGCAGACAGGGAGACACGCCACUCUGCUGGGUGUUGUGAAGGAUGGGAGCACUUCAGCCAAGGUGCAGUGGGAUGAGGCAGAGAUCACCAUCAGCUUCCCCACUUUUUGGUCGCCCAGUGACACGCCGCUGUACAACUUGGAGCCCAUCGAGCCUCUGCCAUUCGACGGGUCUCGUUUCCGCGGACUGACCGCGGCUCUGCUGCUGGACCUCACCGCCCUUGCCAGCUUGCAGGACGACGGCCCCAAACCUGCCUCAGCUCGCCGGCACGAGCGCAGACACCGGCACGAACCCCAUGAGGAACGCGAGGGUGAGCCGUAUGCCAAACCAACUGAGGGAACAGGUGACCUGCGUGUAUCUCACAGCUUGGAUGAGGUACGAGCCCGUGCGCCUCCUAACACUCGGUCUGAGAGCGAGCUGGCUACCUACGCUCAGGAUGCCUCACAGCAGGCUCCGGCAGAAGGAUGCCGCAGGCUGCAGGACACAUCGGGGUCACGGGGAAGCUCGCAGGAGGCGGCCGCGCAGGUGGAAGUGCAUGCGGUGAAGCUGUCGUAUCUGUACCUCGGAGCUAUGAAGACUUUGAGCGUGCUCCUGAGCUGCAGUAAAUAUGCCGAACUGCUGCUCAUCCCCAAAGUGAUGCCAGACAAUGGCCAUAACGCGGAUUGUGCUAGCCCCGGCGUGAGCGUCUGUCAGGAGGAGGCGGAGCUGCGAUCGGCUCUGCAGUUCCUGAUGCGACACAUGGUGAAACGGGCAGUGAUGAGAUCGCCCAUCAAAAGAGCGCUCGGGCUGGCGGAUCUAGAGCGGGCUCAGGCUAUGAUCUAUAAACUGGUGGUCAACAGUCUACUUGAUGAACAGGAAGGCCACAGCGCCAAACCAGUGGAUACGGAGUGUGAGGAGUUAGAGGGUGACCAACAGUUUCAGACUCCAGUCACCACCUCCCCCUCAGCGUCCAGCAGCACCUCCUUCAUGAGCUCUUCACUAGAGGACACCACCACGGCAACCACGCCUGUUACCACAGCAACCACACCUGUUACAGAUGCUGAGACAGCACCAGCUUCUGAGUCACCUGGAGUGAUGCCUCUCAGCCUACUCAGACAGAUGUUCUCCAGCUACCCGACAACCACCCUGCUGCCAGUGCGUAGAGCUCAGACCCCUCCGGUCUCAUCAUUGCCCACCUCACCAUCAGAUGAGCACGGCCGUAGACAGAGCCUAUCAUCACCCGAGUCCCAGCCUGCCAGAACCACCAGCAGGACGGCAUUAUCAGACCCCACCAGUCGUCUCUCCACAUCGCCGCCACCACCUGCUAUCACUGUUCCACUGUUAGAAAUGGGCUUCUCACUCAGACAGAUCAUGAAAGCUUUGGAAGCAACAGGUGCACAUGGUGAGGCAGAUGCUCAGAACAUCACUGUACUUGCCAUGUGGAUGAUCGACCACCCGGGGACGGGAGACUCAGAGGAAGCUUCAGACCCCUGCUCUGGUGCUGCUGGAGGGGGUAAGAGCGGAGAGAGAAGUUACCUGCGCUCCCCAGAAGACAUCCCAAAUGCUGAUUCUGCAGAGAUGGAGGAGGGAUUUAGUGAGAGUCCUGAAAGUCUCGAUCAAGAUGAGGCCUCUGCCUCAACCGGUCCCACUCCCAGAAGUCGCUCCGCAGCUAGCAGGAAGCAUCGCUUCGACCUUGCUGCACGCACUUUACUAGCUCGUGCAGCUGGACUGUACCGCUCAGUGCAGGCACAUCGAACGCAGGCCCGUCGAGAAGGCUCUGGACUGCAGCAGGAGUCUGGACCUCUCGGGGCACUGUACGACUUUAAUCUAGAUGAAGAACUGGAACUGGAGCUGGAUCAGGAGGCCAUGGAAGCCAUGUUUACGCAGGAACUUGCAUCCGACUCUGACAUUCUGGGAAUGUGGAUCCCGGAGGUACUGGACUGGCCAACAUGGCACGUGUGUGAGUCUGAAGACCGUGAUGAGGUGGUGGUGUGAGAGCUCUGCGGGGUGAGCGUAUCCAGCUUUAACCAGCACAUGAAGAAGAGUCACCCGGGCUGCGGUCGCAGCGCCAACCGUCAGGGCUACCGCAGCAACGGCUCCUACGUGGACGGCUGGUUCGGAGGAGAGUGUGGAAGCGGGAAUCCGUAUUACCUGCUCUGUGGCAGCUGCAGAGAGAAGUACCUCAACAUGAAGAGCAAGAUUAAAGGACCACUGCCAGAGAGGUAUAAAGGUCAAGCACCAGACCUGCUGGGAAAACAAGACAGUGUGUAUGAAGAAGACUGGGACAUGCUGGAUGUAGAUGACGCCGAGCGUCUGACGGGUGAGGAGGAGUUUGAGAUGCUCUCGGCUCCGCUGGGUCUCAGUGAACGCAGAGCCGUCCCCGAGGCAGUUCAUUUUCCAGACACUGACCCCCUCGGAGCCUCGGUUGCCAUGGUUACUGCCACUAACAGCAUGGAGGAGACUCUACUGCAGAUAGGUUGCCAGAGCUCAGUGGAUAAGAGCUCAUCAGGUCGAUUGUCUCUGGGCGAGCAGGCGUCCAGUCUGCAGACAUCUGCCGAUCGUCUGGUGGCUCUGAAGCGAGUCACUGCAGCAGCACAAGUUCUGUUGGCCAGAACAAUGGUCAUGAGAGCACUGUCUCUGCUGUCAGUUAGUGGGUCUAGUUGCAGUCUGGCGGCAGGAUUGGAGUCUCUGGGCUUAACAGACAUUAGGACUCUGGUGCGUCUAAUGUGUUUAGCUGCAGCAGGUAGAGCCGGACUAUCCACAGGUCUUGCAUUAGGCCCUGGAUCUUCCGAGCGCCCACGAGGGGCCAGCAAGCCCACCAAACCCAUCUCCUGUUUGGCGUACCUCAGCACUGCCGUGGGAUGCCUGGCAUCAAACAGCACCAGCGCUGCCAAGCUCCUCGUCCAGUUGUGCACUCAGAAUCUGAUAUCAGCUGCCACAGGGAUGAAUCUGACAACAGUGGAUGAUCCUAUCCAGAGGAAAUUUCUGCCUAGUUUUCUAAGAGGUGUGGCUGAGGAAAACAAGCUGGUGACGUCACCCAAUUUUGUGGUGACUCAGGCACUGGUGGCCCUGCUUGCUGAUAAAGGUGCCAGACUUCGACAAGGUUACGACAAGGCUGAACUGGAAAAGAGAGGCCCCUUGGAGCUGGCAAAUGCGCUGGCGGCAUGUUGCCUCUCGUCCCGACUCUCGUCGCAGCACCGCCAAUGGGCAGCGCAGCAGCUGGUGCGCACACUGGCCGCUCAUGACCGAGACAACCAGAGCCGCCCACAGACCUUUGCCGACGUGGCAGGAGACCUGCGGAAGUGGACCACCUUCAGACUAGAGGCUCAUCAGAGCAGGGUGAUUACAUGUGGGUGGUGUAGCAAAAAAGGCCUCCUGGCCACCAGCGGGAAUGAUGGAACGGUCCGAGUUUGGAACGUGACCAAAAACCAGGACACUCUUCAGCAGACAUGCGUCUUUAACAAAGCCGAUGACACUGUGGAGGAGUCUUUGAGUAAUCUGGGGUCACCAGGCGAUCCAAACCUGGCUCCAGUGGCCUGGAGUGUCAGUGGGAAGUAUCUGGCUGCUGCCAUGGAGAAAGUUGUCAACAUUUGGCAAGUCAAUGGUGGGAGGGCCUCGUUGGAUCUGCAACCCCAUUGGGUGUCAGCAUUAACUUGGCCGGAAGAAGAGGCGGGGUCUCUGUGGGGUGGGGAACCCCGAGAGCUGCUUUUGGUGGGUCGUAUGGAUGGGACGCUGGGCCUACUUGAGGUUCUGGAUGAUUCAGACCUGCAGAGAACUGAACUUCAACACUGCUUCAGGAAAGACGUGGCUGUGAUGCAAAUUGCAUGGUACAGUGAGGACCGUCCUUUCGCAGUUGGAUAUGCAGAUGGAAAGCUUCUGGUUGGUUCUAAGGAGCCCUUAGAAAAUGGAUCUUUGGUGGUCAUUGAUGCUCACAAGGAAAGUAUCAGUUCAUUGCGUUGGGCUCCGGGUGGACAAGUGUUGCUCAGCUGUGCCAAAGAGGAGAUUGUGCGUCUCUGGACGGGAUCUGGGACGGGUUUGGGCCAAAGUUGGACUUGUCUGCAAAGCAUUACCCACCCUGCUGUUGUCAAUGCGGUUGCUUGGUGUAACCUGCCUGGUCAAGGACCUAAACCUCUCAACAUGUUUGCCACAUGUUGUCAGAAUGGUCUGGUAUCUGUGUGGACUGUACCACAGGACCCUUCGUCAUAUUCACAGUCCAGCACUGCCUGCCCUGAUGCAUGGUGGGAAACAGAAUCCAAGUCCAAACUGAUGCCGGACCCACAACGGUGUGAAGGAGCACUGUGCGUAUUCCAGCUGCAGGGUCACAUGACUCCUGUUCGGACAGUGGCGUUCAGUCCAGAUGGGCUGGCACUGGUGUCUGGAGGGGUUGGUGGACUUUUGAACAUCUGGUCAUUACGGGAUGGAUCAGUGUUGCAGACUGUAGUUGCUGGAUCAGGAGCUAUUCACAACACUGUUUGGAUCCCUGAUGUAGGUGUGGCUAUCUGCUCCAAUCGCUCUAUGGAUGUGCUGGUGGUGAAUUGCUCAGCGGAGUUCAUGGCUACCAAUCACGUGUUAGCAACCUGCCGCAUGGCUCUAAAGAAACAGGGCGUUGUGGGAUUGAACAUGGCUCCAUGCAUGAGGGCCUUCCUGGAGAGACUUCCCAUCAUGCUUCAGGAGCAGUACGCAUAUGAGAAGCCUCAUGUAGUUUGCGGUGAGCAGCUUGUUCACAGUCCUUACAUGCAGUGCCUUGCGUCUCUGGCGGUGGGUCUCCAGUUAGACGCUCUGCUGUGUCACCCUCCUGUCACACCUCACCUGGCCCACUGCCCACCUGAGCCUGGCACCACCUCCUCGCCCUCCCCCGGCUCCUGGGCAAGCAGUGAGUGGGCGUGGCUUCACUGCUUCUCCACCACUGUUAAAACGGCAGAGGCUCUCGCACGUGGACACACCUUUCCUGAGUCUUUUAUCGUACCGGAUCUGGAGCUCGUGGCCAAGGAAAAACUGGCACUGCUUAUGGAUAACAGCAAAUGGUUGUCUGGGGUGGAUGAGCAAAUCAUGUCUUGGGCCAUUUCCAGACCAGAAGACUGGCACCUCGGAGGAAAGUGUGAUGUGUUUUUAUGGGGUGCUGGCAGGCAUGGGCAGCUUGCCGAGGCUGGGCGAAACAUUCUGGUGCCAACUCUCGCUCCCUCUUUCUCUCAAGCCCAGCAGGUUGUUUGUGGGCAGAACUGCACAUUUGUGAUCCAAGCCAAUGGAACCGUGUCUGCAUGCGGAGAAGGAAGUUACGGACGCCUCGGACAAGGAAAUUCAGACGAUCUGCACGUCCUCACUGUCAUAUCAGCACUUCAAGGAUUUGUGGUGACUCAGCUGGUCACAUCUUGUGGGUCUGAUGGUCAUUCAAUGGCUUUAACUGAGAGCGGAGAGGUGUUCAGCUGGGGAGAUGGAGAUUACGGAAAACUCGGCCACGGCAACAGCGACAGACAGCGCAGACCACGGCAGAUAGAAGCGCUACAGGGAGAGGAAGUGGUGCAGAUGUCGUGUGGCUUUAAGCACUCAGCUGUAGUGACUGCAGAUGGAAAGCUCUUUUCUUUUGGUAAUGGAGACUACGGCAGACUGGGGCUUGGUAACACAUCUAACAAAAAACUGCCAGAGAAAGUUGUUGCUCUGGAGGGCCACCAGGUUGGACAGGUUGCAUGUGGGUUGAAUCACACCCUGGCCAUAUCGGCUGAUGGAAUGAGUGUAUGGGCGUUUGGUGAUGGAGACUAUGGCAAACUGGGACUGGGAAACUCCACAGCCAAAUCAUCUCCACAGAAAGUGGAUGUUUUGUGUGGAAUUGGAAUAAAGAAGGUGGCAUGUGGGACUCAGUUCUCUGUUGCUCUAACCAAAGAUGGAAACGUCUACACUUUUGGGCAGGAUCGUUUGAUUGGUCUGCCGGAGGGCCGAGCACGGAAUCAUAACCGACCUCAGCAGGUUCCUGCUCUGAUGGGUGUGUUCAUGGAGGAUGUGGCUGUUGGGGCGGAGCACACACUUGCACUCUCAUCAACUGGAGAUGUUUAUGCCUGGGGGAGCAACUCAGAGGGACAGCUGGGCUUGGGCCACACCAACCAUGUCAGAGAGCCGACCCUUCUGACUGCUUUGCAGGGGAAAAACAUCCUACAGAUCUCAGCGGGACGCUGUCACAGUGCAGCAUGGACCGCACCUCCUGUACCGCCACGUGCUCCAGGUUCAUCAGUGCCUCUGCAGCUGGGUUUGCCCGUGUGUGUGCCUCCUCAGUACAGUGCUUUAAGAGAGGUCAGUAUGGAGGCUCUGAGAGCCAGACUGCGUCUGCUCUACCACUUCUCUGACCUCAUGUAUUCUUCAUGGAGACUGCUCAAUCUCAGCCCCAACAACCAGAGCUGCACGUCACGCUAUAAUGCUGGAACGUGGGGUAUAGUCCAGGGUCAGUUGAGACCCCUGCUGGCCCCUAGAGUUUACACACUGCCCAUGGUGCGCUCAAUAGGAAAAACCAUGGUGCAGGGCAAGAAUUACGGACCGCAGAUCACAGUCAAAAGAAUUUCCACAAGGGGGAGGAAGUGUAAACCCAUCUUUGUCCAGAUUGCCAGGCAGGUUGUGAAACUGAAAGCGUCUGAUUUGAGACUGCCGUCCCGUGCCUGGAAAGUAAAACUUGUGGGGGAAGGGGCAGAUGAUGCUGGAGGAGUGUUUGACGACACAAUUACUGAAAUGUGUCAGGAGCUGGAGACUGGAGUGGUGGAUCUUCUCAUUCCUUCACCCAACGCUGCAGCAGAGGUGGGCUACAACCGAGACAGGUUCUUGCUGAACCCCUCAGCCUGUCUGGAAGAGCACUUGUUGCAGUUUAAGUUUCUGGGGAUUCUGAUGGGAGUGGCCAUCCGCACUAAGAAGCCUUUAGACUUGCAUCUGGCUCCAAUGGUGUGGAAGCAGCUCUGCUGUAUUCCCCUGACCUUGGAGGAUCUGGAGGAGGUGGAUCUGCUCUAUGUGCAGACCCUUAACAGCAUCUUGCACCUGGAGGACAGCGGCAUCACAGAGCAGAACUUCCAUGAGAUGAUUCCUCUGGAUUCAUUUGUUGGUCAAAGUGCAGAUGGAAAGAUGGUUCCCAUCAUCCCAGGUGGGAACAGCAUACCAUUGACCUUCUCUAACAGAAAGGAAUAUGUGGAACGUGCCAUCGAAUAUCGACUUCAUGAAAUGGAUCGGCAGGUGGCGGGGGUACGAGAGGGCAUGUCGUGGAUCGUCCCCGUUCCCUUGCUUUCCUUACUAACAGCACGGCAGCUGGAGCAGAUGGUGUGCGGGCUGCCAGAGAUCAGCGUUGAGGUUUUAAAGAAGGUGGUCCGGUACAGGGAGGUAGAUGAGCAGCAGCAGCUGGUGCAGUGGUUCUGGCAGACGCUGGAGGAGUUCUCCAAUGAAGAGCGAGUGCUGUUCAUGCGCUUCGUCUCUGGACGUUCCCGUCUGCCGGCCAACACUGCAGACAUCUCCCAGAGAUUUCAGAUCAUGAAGGUGGACCGGCCAUACGACAGUCUUCCCACCUCUCAGACGUGUUUCUUACAGCUCCGCCUCCCUCCUUACUCUAGCCAAUCGGUGAUGGCGGAGCGGCUGCGUUACGCUAUUAAUAACUGCCGUUCUAUUGAUAUGGACAACUACAUGUUGUCCCGCAAUGUGGACAAUGCAGAGGGGUCGGAUACAGAUUACUGACCCCCCAAACAUACACAAGCACAUGGACUUUGUUUAGGAUUCGGUGCAGGCUUUUAUGAUUUUUAUGAUUCAAAAACAUUUUCACAAUAACAUCUUAAACACAUAAUUCAGUGUUUUUAUUUUCAAAUUUUGUUUUUUAGCAGAACAUAGAUGGGCAAUACGAUUUGUUUACACACACGUGUUAUUUUUUUCUCCUCUUUCGCCACUAUUUUUUGGCUCUGCCUUUUUUCAGAAUAUUCUGCAUGAAAUUGAUUCAUUUUAGAAUAUGUAUAGAAUAAUGGAGAAAAGAAUAUUGUACAUUGUGUAUAAUGCUUCAUUAGGAAAUUGUUUUACAUGAGUAUCUGUAUUUAUUUGAAUUUUGUAAAGCCUACACCAGGUUUCUUAUGUCAGAUGCAAUACACGUUUCCAUCUAACCUGCCUGUCAUCUGUUUCAUUGAAGCCAAGCCUGAAGCAACAAAUGGAA